GUGGUAAAGAAAAGCUAAAGCAACAAAGAGAAAAUAGAUAGGUAUUUCCAUGAAGAGAUCACGAGAAGAAUUUCAAGGUGGCCGCAAUAACAGAUUUGUUGAUGAGGUUCCACGUCUAAACUUGCCUCUAACAACGACUCCGGAGCUUAUCAACAAGAUUGAAACUUACCUCAAUAAAAACUACACAUGUCCUCAUCAAGAGAAACUAAAAGCUAUGAAUUUCCCAAUCUCCAUGAUCAAAAUUGGAACAUGGACCCCCGUUGCAAUAAACCCUGAAGAUAUUGUGGCGAAAUUCUAUUUUGCAAAGAAGAAACUUAUAUGGGAGUUUCUCUUUGAAGAAGCAGAAACUAAUAUGCCAAGGCUGAAGAGAAAGAUCGAGAUUCAAUGGAAUGAUGUCUCAUCUUUUGAAGAGAGUAUUCAUACAUGUGAUGAAACUGGAAUCCUCAAUAUCGAGUUGAGAAAACGUCCAACAUUCUUCAUAGAGACUAAUCCACAGGCAGGAAAACACACUCAAUGGAAACAGUUGGAUCACGAUUUCACCGACAAUCAGGCUUCUACUUGCAGGAGACAUACAAUUCAUUUUCCUCCCGGAGUUUUGCAAAAGAACUUGGAGAAGCUUCUGACUAAUAGCUUCUGGUCCAAACUCUAUAACGUCCCUUUCCCGGUAGAAGAAUCUCUUUUCUUCGAUAUCGGCUUUGAAAACAACAACUCAUCUCACAACAGCCACAACCAGACAGUUGGCUUUAAUGUCAACUAUGGCCUUCAGCAUCAUCAUUAUUCUCAAGGAAUUGGUGGCGUGGGAGUGGGAGAAGGUAACUUUAACAUAGCACCGCAGUUCAGGGCUAACGGUGGAUGGCAAAGAAACUCAUAUAGUCAAGCCAAUAGUCUGAAUUAUAACACUGCUAAUGAGUUGUUUGGGAUGCAAGGUAUCCCACCAUCGUCUCAGGUGGUUAACGAGCAUUAUAACAUGCAAAUGAAUUUCACCGGUUCACAAUAUCGUAAUCAGAUGAACCAAAACGAGAUCCGAAAGAUGGAAAUCAUAAGGGAGAUAGGUCAGAGUCAAGCAUAUGAUGUAGGAGCUGAUACACAAACUAACAAUGUCCCAAUGUAUCCUCCGGUUGGAACGUUUGCAGCAACAUUGAUUGAAGAAGAGGAGAGACAGUACAAGGAGCAGACAAAUGUUGAUGGAAACUAUCACAUCAAAGAGUACCAGAAAAUUCCAUACAUACGCGGCAGCAACUAGGAAGUGCUUCCUGGUAUGGACAUAGAAGAAGAUUGGUCAACAUAAUUAUUAGGUGUUUUGUUGAUAUAUGGAUCAAUGAUGUAUGGUUUCAUGACAAGUCACGUUAUCGUUUCUUUAU